UUGCGUACGGAGGUGCGGCUGCUUUGCCCAUACGUUGAGGGCUGGGGUUUUAGUACGUCCGCAUCUUUGCUUUGGGUCGGUGUCUCCGCGUUGCUUUCACCUUUUCAGAGGUUCAGGUCUUUCUAGAAGAAGAUUUUAUUGGGAGGUAAAGGUCAAUGCAGAGCUGUAGUGUAAGAUGCCUUAUGGUGAAAUUUCUGAAGCUAAAUCCUUGGGAAAUGGGGAAGAACUAACAAGUGAACCAUGCUAUAAAAAACUGAAGUCAACUGAAGAGGCUUAUGUUUUCUCCCAUCAGGGUAGUGCUAAUGUUCACAGAAUCCAGCAGAAAACUGGAAAUGAUUGGGUCCCUGUGACCACCAUUGAUGUCAGAGGACGUAGUCAUCCUCAGAAGGACAAAACCAAAACUACAGAUUUGCUGAAACCUGUGCAUGAUGAGAUACCUGAUAAUAGAUCAGAUGUUAUUGAAUCUGUUAAUUCACAAGUCUUACAAGAUACAAGUCCCACAUUGGUAUCCAAAGAUGAUGAGAUAUAUAGCACAAGUAAAGCAUUUAUAGGACCCAUUUACAAACCCCCUGAGAAAAAAAAGUGUAGUGAAAGGAGGAAUCAGGCAGACAAUAUCAACAGUGUAGAUGGCAAAGGAGGACAAGAAGAGAAGGAAAAAUUUAACUUCAAAAAAUCAGAAAUUGACAAUGAAUUAUUCCAGUUUUACAAAGAAAUUGAAGAGCUUGAAAAUGAAAAAGAUGAUUCGGAAGGCAGUUGUAAGGAAACCAAACCCUCAGAGGAACAACUUGGUACAUAUUAUCAGGGCCAUGAUAAUGAUCUGUUAAAGUCUGAAGAUGAAAAGAAAAGAGAUCUUAGUAAUGCUCUUCAGUCACAUUGUGGUUAUCAGCAAUAUUUAGGGAAUGAGCCAGGCAAAUAUCCUUGUAAUGGGCAAGUAAUACCUGCAUUUUGUGAUGAUUCGUUUACUUCCUUUGGGCCUGAGUGGCAGUCAGUGCAUUCUUUUGUAGUACCCCAAGGUCCUCCUCUUCCCAGUUUUAAUUAUCAUUUAAAUAUUCAAAGAUUUAAUGCUCCACCAAAUCCACCAUCAAAUAUUUUCCAUGCCCAAGAUGGCUUUCUGAUGCGAAAUGGAUAUUAUGUAAAUGAUUGUCGUGUUGACUGGAAUUGUUUGACUUUUGAUGAGAACAAUGAAUAUACUGACUAUAGUGAGAAUAUCAGUAAUGUUCAUCCCUCUAGAAAUGGCUACAGUGUGCAAGAUGGAUAUGUGAGUAAUGGUUUCUGUGAAACCAGUGAAGGAUGCUGGAAAGAUCCUUCUAUGGACAAGCAUAAUGGAACAGACAGGUUUAUGAACCAGCAGUUUCAAGAGGAAAAAUUAAAUAAAUUGCAGAAGUUACUUAUUCUUUUAAGAGGCUUGCCUGGUUCAGGGAAAACAACGUUGUCUCGAAUUCUGCUUGGUCAGAGUCGUGAUGGCAUUGUGUUCAGCACUGAUGACUAUUUUCACCAUCAAGAUGGGUACAGGUAUAAUGUUAAUCAACUUGGUGAUGCCCAUGACUGGAACCAGAACAGAGCAAAACAAGCUAUCAAUCAGGGGAGAUCUCCAGUUAUAAUAGACAACACUAAUACACAAGCUUGGGAAAUGAAACCAUAUGUGGAAAUGGCCAUAGGAAAAGGAUACAGAGUAGAGUUUCAUGAACCUGAAACUUGGUGGAAAUUUGAUCCAGAAGAAUUAGAAAAGAGGAAUAAGCAUGGUGUGUCUCGACAGAAGAUUGCUCAGAUGUUGGAUCGUUAUGAAUAUCAAAUGUCCAUCUCUAUUGUAAUGAAUUCAGUGGAACCACCACACAAAAGCACACAAAGACCUCCUCCUUCACAGGGGAGACAGAGAGAAAGAGAUUUGAAGAAAACUGGGUACAGGUUCAACAAAACCAAACAGAAGAGAAACAGAAAAAGAAAUAAAACGCAGAGCAGUCACAGUAAAAUUAUGGAGGAAAACUCAUUUGAAACCUUAAGUUAUCUUACGCCAGGAGAUCAGGACCCAUCUCAGAGUGAAGAGGAAGACUUAGAAAAGACCAAAAGAGAAUCAGGGUGUACCUUCACUGGUGGUCUGGGAAACGAACUAGGAGAUAUAGUGAAUGGCCAUAAAGAUGAAAGACAGAAAAAUAUAAGUCGUGACGACAGUUUUCCAAAUGUUACAUCUGUAGUUGAAUUGAACAAUACACCAAAGAAUUACCUCCCUAAGGAAGAUGAUGACUUGUUUCUAAGUUUGUCAUUGAUGCCAAAUGAAAACUCUAUUAUUUGUCCAACAAUGACUCAAAAUCUUUCCUGUGAAGCAAGUGAUGACUGCUCUAGUAUGCAGGUAGAAAAGCAUAUUGGAAAUAGGCACACCAUGGCAUUACACAUCCAGGAGCAAUUUGCUGAAACCCCCUGCUCAUUUCUGCAGAAGAGAGAGAUGGUAGAUAAAAGUGUCCCUAAUGAAACAAUUCUGUGCCGUCAAUAUGGAUCUAGAACUUCAGAUAAAGUCUUAAGAAAGGAACAAGGAGUAAAUACAACUACAAACAAUCAUUGGGCUUUUUUCUCAAACAAUUUAUCUGAUGAAGAAUUACAGCUGCGUUCUGAUAGACAACCCUAUUUUGGUACCUGGCCUGAGGGACCUCAUAAGUUUAUAUGUGAACAGAGACCAAAGAAAGAUAGAAGGCGAAAACUGGCCAGUUCUGAUAGCAGGGGGCAAUUGAUUAAAUUGAUCUCCACUUCGGAAGGAGCAUUAGGACCAGGAAGCAGUCCAGAAACAUUGAUAGAGGAGAAGCUAUUGAUAGAAAAUGAAGAUUUGUCACCUCCAACUGAGAAUGUAGAUUCACUUGUAGAAACAGAAACAAAUACCUUCAAAAGCUCCUUACUUAACCUGGAUAUCCCAAAGAGUGCCUUACACUCAACAAAGAAUAAGAAAAGGAGGCAGAAAAAGAUUUUCAAUUUGGCACCAAACUUUAACCUACUGGGACAGACUCAUAUUGGUGUAAAAGAAUGGGGGAAAUGUGGCUUGUUAACAGAAAGUCAUGGACUAAAAAUUAUUUUGGAAGAAGAAAAAGAUAGAAUUUUAGAAGUAAAUAAUGAAGAGGAGAAUAAGCAAAAACUUAAGACCCUCAAUCAUCAUCCAUCAUGGAUUUACUUUGAUAUUAUCAAAGAUCCUCCUCUAAAUGUUGGUGGACAGUUUUAUUCUCAUUACCUGCCAUUUAAUGGACUAAGGCAUUCUGUGUAUUUUUACAGAAACCCUGUUCCUUCUCUUAUGCUACAAUAUACAUCUAGCUUUUGGAAGGUAUCUUUUACAAGCAGGAAGCCGUUUUUGACUUUCAAAUCUCCGACAAGAGUAGAUAACCAAGUAAAUGAUGUAGGGCUUACUUCUUCAGAAAUUUUCAGUAGCCAACCUGAUACUUUGUCUUCUUUUAGAGUCACUUCUGAUCUUCACUUUUUAAAUCAAAGGUUUGAUGAAAAGCCGAAGAUAUGGGAAGAAAAGUCGUUACAGUUCUUACAAACUGUGGAUAACCAGGAUUUAACAAGCUCUGACUCUGAUUCCCUUGAGCUACCAUUAUCACAACGAUUUGCCUCUCAACUAGUAAAGCUUUUUGGAUCUCUUGGAGUGCCAGUGGAAUCUUUGUUGCCUGAUGACUGUGUGGUUCUCCUUGCCUGGAUGACACUGAAGAUGAUCUAUUUGCAAUGGAAGACAUCAGUGGAGAAAAGACAGAAGAAGAUUGGUUAAAAAAUGAGAAUUCCUUGGACUUUGAAUUCUCCCGUCUUCCUGGUGCUGUUGAAGAUCCUGAUCAUCAAGAAAGAGUGCUCAGUGCUGGCUCAAAGGAUUAUUUCCAGCAGCAUACUCACUGGAUAUCAAAAUUGUCUUGGAUAAUCUGUCAACCAUUCUUGAUUAGUUAUCUGAAUAAUAAAAACUGAACAAAAGAGGUAAAAA